GAUAAAUGGUCCUGCCCUAACCGGAUGAGCCCAUCUACCCGGCUCCCAAUUAUCCCAAUUCCCCAUUCUCUGCCGUCUGCACCGCUUCUCAUCUUUUCUCCAUAGCGUCGAUCUAAAAGCUCUAUUCUAUGAUAUCGGAUGGGAUGUAGAGAUGGUGGUCGUCUCCUAUGUUCAUGCCGUUUCUCUCAGGAAUGGUUGUAACCACCAGAUCACAAGCUAAGAAAGCUGACAAGUCGGGCAUAUCAGAAUCAAAGUCUGAAUCUGGAGAGAUCAACGAGAAAACCUGGGGAGAUUGGAUGACGAACAGGGUUGUAAUGGAUAAGGCCAGGGAACUUUGGCUCAAAGAAAUCUUUCGCAAAAAACUAUGUGCGGAGAAUCCAGCCUUGUCAGGAGUAAGCAUUUAGAUUAUCCGUCCUCUUUUGAUACAUCGAUCAAUCAUAAUUCGUUUCGUUUGGUUUGUUGUCUUGUUCCAUCAAAUCAAAAUUAAAAUCAUUAUAGUCAAAUAGGCUCAGGUACGUUGCCAAAAGAGAAUGGGAUUCCGUCACGGAUACGGACAAAGCUCACUUUAUUACCAAGGCCUUGGAUUGGCUCCAGGCUUUGUACUAGCGAGAGCACUAUCUACUAGGAAAGUUGCGAGGAAAACAAGCAAACACACAAGAGAGUCGGUAUACAGUCAUGCUUGUCUCAGUUUCAGGGAUGACUACUAUGAUAAUUACUUUAUGACGCAUCCAGACGAGUACAUACUAACACCGGAGGUCAUGAGGGGUGCAGACAGAGCAUGGCCUUCUUUGGCUGAUGGGGUCAAAGCUGCAUAUUUUGUUGAGGCCAAGAAAAGACUGGCUGAUGGUGAUGAAGUUUGCUAUUAUAUUCAGCACAACCAGGCCUAUAUGGAUCAAUUGUAUACUUACAUGCUUUAGUUGUCAAAAAGAGGUCCUCAUUGGUUCAAUUUCAUGAUAUUUUUUUAUAUUCUUCCCACAAAAAUAAGGUUUAAUGAAAUUACCUUACUAAU